ACCAAAUGUAAUCUAGAUCGAAGAUCGUUCUAAAUUAUACCGACCGGUUUACUUCUUAAAACCAAACCGAAACUCUAUCUCUGUGGAUAAGCUCUUCUUCUUCUUCUUCUUCCCACUGUCAAAAACCUCAAAUUGAAUUGCAAAGGCCCUCGGCGAAAGCGUUGAUGGAGGUGGUGACAAGUACCAGCAGCAUUAGCAGCAGCAUGAGCAUCAAGCGCUUCCUAAAAGAGAAAGGCUUCGACGAACAAAGCAUCGACAAGAUGCUCACAAAGUGCAAACAGCUAGAGAAAGCCCAAACCGACGUCGCAUCGCAGAACUGGGACUACCUGAGCGACACCGUCGGGAUACAACACCGUAAGCUCCCUUACAUCGUCUCCCGCUGCCCAAAGAUCCUAACUUUACCUCUCCACGAGCGACUCGUCCCCAUGUUCGAGUGCCUCUCCUCCCUCGGAAGAAACCCGCGAGAAGUCACUUCCGCCAUCACCAAGUUCCCGCCCAUUCUCGCUCACAGCCUCGAGGAGAAGCUCUGCCCUCUCCUCGCUUUCUUCCAAGCUUUGGGAGUCCCCGAGUCACACCUCGGGAAGAUACUCCUUUUCAACCCGAGGCUUAUCAGCUACGGGAUCGAGACCAAGCUGGCUGUUAUUGUGAGCUUCCUCGCUAGCCUCGGGCUUGAUAAAGAUAAUGGUGUGAUCGGUCAGGUUCUUGUGAAGCAUCCUUUCCUCAUGGGGUACAGCGUCGAGAAACGGCUGCGUCCGACAACCGAGUUCUUGAAGUCGUGUGUGGGGUUGAGCGACGAUGGGGUUGUGUCUGUUUUUGUGAACUUCCCGCAGGUCGUGUGCAGAGACGUUGGGAAGAUACUCAGACCGAACUAUGAGUAUUUGAAGGAGUGUGGGUUUGGCGAUGCGCAGAUUGCGAGUAUGGUUGCUGGUUAUCCACCUGUUUUGAUCAAGAGUGUUGGGAACUCGCUGAGGCCUAGGAUCAGGUUCCUGGUGGAUGUGAUGGGGAGGGGGUUGGAUGAGGUGGUUGGUUAUCCUCAGUUUUUUCAACAUGGGUUGAAGAAGAAGGUGGAAGCGAGGUAUAAGGUGCUUGUCAAGAAGAGUAACGUUGAGUGCUGCAGCCUUAGAGAUAUGUUGGACUGUAACACAAAGAAGUUCCAUGAAAAGUUUGGCGUUUAAAAGAGGUUUAAAAAAGUGAUCUCUUCUCUCUAGUUUUUGCUUCUUCAUUAGUCUCUCUCUUUCUUUGUAAGCUAUAUUUUCAGCUCGUUGCACCAAUCCUGUUUAGUUAUGUAUCAUUGAUUCCAUAUUAUAUUUGCAUUUUUCUAUCAUGGGUUAAGAUAGAACAACCAAACCA